AACUUUAGCCGGUGACGCAUUGUGUGUUAGGUCUGCUGAUAGGGCAAUUGAGCGAAUAAAACUUUCAAGCUACCUACUUAUGUACGUGGUGCUGCCAUAGUGUGUGAUCCGAGUUUUAAAAGGAAAAAAUAAAAUAGUAUACAUACAUAUGCAUAUGGAUUGGAGGUUCAGGAACGUUCCAUUAAAAGCUGCGAUAACUACAAUUAAAAACUGCGGUUAGCAUAAUACCAGACACGGACUUCAACGCGCCACCAAAGUUGUCAAGAAGGAAAGUUAAAUAACUAGUAAUGGCCACGAGUUCUUCCCAAGCACUUGCUCUUCAGAGAAACUCCAGUGAGCAGAACCGCUUCAUGGAGAAAAUAAUGGCGAAAAUAUUUAGCUUCUACGACGAACAAUCUCUAAUCGAUGUGACAUUCAAAGUUUCAAACCCAACGGCUCUUGUACCCGCGCAUCGUUUGAUACUCGCAGCAGCGAGUCCUUACUUCGAGAACCUUUUCAAUGGCAAUCAAGGCACAAAUCCAGUUAUCGAGAUAAAUGAUAUAGAUAGCGAUAUUUUUGAGCAUCUAAUAACCUUUUGUUACACCGGACAGGCCCUCAUUACCGUUAACAAUCUCGCUGCCAUGCUAAAUGCGGCAAUCGUUUUACAAUUGGACGAUGCCAUAAGCAGUAUUGUAGACUAUCUCAUGGCACAUAUCGAUGAAUACACUUUGCGGGGCGCUUAUACGCUGGAGCGUGAAAUGAAAUGUGAACAUCUUAAGCAGAACAUCAUCGAAUACGAGACCAAGAAUUUCAUAGAGGUCAGCCGAAGCGAUGAGUUUUUGAAUUUUGAUGUAGAAAAAUUGCAACGUAUCUUGGUAUCUGACAAUUUGAACAUAACCCGUGAGGAAGAUGCUUUCGAUGCCAUACAACGCUGGUACAAUUACGAUGUUCCUGCGCGCCAAGAGCAACUGUCACUUUUAAUAGCUUGUCUCCGGCUUACCCAAUUCAAUGUGGCAUUUCUGUUGACACAUAUACUGCCGUUACCUGGAUGUGAGCUACUGGCCUUCAAGGCGUUAUCGUGGAUCAGAGAGCCUACAGCACGGCCAAUGAUAAAUAUGCGAUUUACAAAACCACGUGUGGCCAGUACAACAAAUGGUGGUGAGAAAACAAUCCUAGCAGUUUUCUUAGAUACCUCAGAGCUGAAUCCCAAGCUGCUGCAAUAUAAAAAAACUGAAGAUAAGUGGCAGGAAUAUGCGAGUAUAAAAAUCGAUUACGAAUGGUACAGAACUAUUUUAAAGGAUGAUAAUUUAUUAUUUAUUGGCGGGUAUAAAAGUGGUGCCCCACUUAAGGUCGUCCGCAGCUGGAAUAUACGAAAUAAAACAUGGCAAAAUUUACCCGCCAUGAUCCAAGCACGAUGGGGGCACUGUGUUGUCAAAUUAGAUAACAAAAUCUACGCGAUUGGUGGUUAUGAUGGUAGUAAUGCUUUGUCGUCGGUGGAAAGAUAUACGACUUCCGAUGGUUGGAAUUUCGUGAAUAGAUUGAUUGUUGGACGAUAUGACGCAGGUGCCGUGACAUUAAAUGGUAAAAUUUAUAUAAUGGGCGGUUGUAAGAGCCCUGGGCCAUUAAAUGAAUUAAAAUCCGUCGAAUGCUACAAUCCGGAUUCGAAUACUUGGACUUCUUGCGCGGAUAUGACAAAAUGUCACCGUUCACCUGGUGUAACUGUACAUAAAGGUCACAUCUAUGUUUUGGGCAAUGGGGAUAAGUGCAGACCUGUUGAACGAUACGAUCCUCGGCAAGACACAUGGUCACAGAUUUGCUCUUUGGAAGUUUGCGAUGAUUAUAUAGCUUGCGUAUCACUAGACAAUAAAUUAAGGGCUAUUGGUGGCGAGACUAAUUCUACUAAGAAGUCAUGUGUAUCAGUCUUUGAUGAAGAAAAUUCGUGUUGGAUACAAAAGUGCUCAUUACCCAGAAGUGAUGUGUAUAACUGCUUUGUUGUGCAAGAAUGCUUGCUGUCGUCGAUGUGAAUAAAUAAUGUAAUUAUUGUUCCGUUUUAACAAAUUAUUUUAUAAUAAAUUUACUUAUAAAAAUAAUAUAAAACUUCACUAAUGUCAUACAAAAAUAAUUAAUUUGGAAGCAGGGGAUGGUGCUAAGCGCGCUUGAACUGAAAGUUAGGAAUCCGUAAUAUGAGACACAUUCUAAAACCAGUUGAAUCCACCAGUUUGACGACCACUGGUGUAAUAAAUAUGUAUUUGCAUAGAUA